AACAUAACACAACAUUAGAAGAAAGCUCGUAGUAACUAUAAAAACGAAUUCAACUAAAUAGAGAGAAGAGUUAGUAAGCUAGCUCUUCUAGUUUUGCAGCCAUGGCAUCCCAUGCAGCUCUUGCUUCUUCAAGAAUUCCAGCCAAUACUAGGCUGCCCUCCAAGCCUUCCCACUCUUUCCCCACUCAAUGCUUCUCUAAGAAACUUGAAGUAGCUGAAUUUUCUGGGCUAAGAUCCAGUUCUUGUAUGACCUUUGCCAAGAAUGGCAGAGAGGCUUCCUUCUUUGAUGUUGUGGCUGCUCAACUCACUCCCAUGACAUCUGGAUCAGCCCCUGUCAAAGGACAAACCGUGGCCAAAUUGAAGGUGGCAAUCAAUGGAUUUGGACGCAUAGGUAGGAACUUUCUCCGGUGCUGGCAUGGCCGCAAAGACUCGCCCCUUGAUGUCAUCGUCGUCAAUGACAGUGGCGGUGUCAGGAAUGCAUCCCACUUGCUGAAAUAUGAUUCUAUGCUUGGCACCUUCAAAGCUGAUGUGAAAAUUGUGGAUGACUCAACCAUAAGUGUUGAUGGUAAGAACAUUAAGGUUGUCUCCAGCAGAGACCCCCUUAAGCUCCCAUGGGCCGAGCUUGGCAUUGACAUUGUUAUUGAGGGAACUGGUGUGUUUGUGGAUGGACCUGGAGCUGGGAAACACAUUCAAGCUGGUGCUAAGAAAGUUAUCAUCACAGCUCCAGCCAAAGGUGCUGAUAUUCCAACUUAUGUUGUUGGAGUAAAUGAACAAGACUAUUCACAUGAGGUUGCCAACAUAGUCAGCAAUGCUUCUUGCACCACAAACUGUUUGGCUCCCUUUGUGAAAGUCUUGGAUGAGGAAUUUGGUAUUGUGAAGGGUACCAUGACAACCACUCACUCUUACACUGGAGAUCAGAGGCUUUUGGAUGCAUCACACAGAGACUUGAGGAGAGCAAGAGCAGCAGCACUAAACAUCGUGCCAACAAGCACAGGAGCAGCCAAGGCAGUGUCCCUAGUGCUGCCCCAGCUGAAGGGCAAGCUCAAUGGGAUCGCUCUACGUGUUCCCACCCCCAACGUAUCAGUGGUGGACCUUGUCAUCAACGUCGAGAAGAAAGGUAUCUCCGCCGAAGAUGUCAAUGCAUCAUUCAGGAAGGCCGCCGAGGGCCCACUCAAAGGCAUUUUGGAUGUUUGUGAUGUCCCUCUCGUCUCUGUUGACUUUCGUUGCUCCGACGUGUCUUCCACCAUUGACUCUUCCUUGACUAUGGUCAUGGGUGAUGAUAUGGUCAAGGUGGUUGCCUGGUACGACAACGAGUGGGGUUACAGCCAAAGGGUGGUUGAUUUGGCUCACCUGGUGGCCAACAAGUGGCCAGGUACCUCGGAAGCCGGUAGCGGAGAUCCAUUGGAAGAUUUUUGCAAGACAAACCCUGCUGACGAGGAGUGCAAAGUAUAUGAAGCUUAAGUCUAUUGAUGGAGUCUCUCAUUCUUGGGCUAAAUUAUUGUAUCUUGUUGUAAAGGGACCCAAUGCCACUACCAUUGCCUUUGGCUAUUUAUUUCUCAUUCAAUGUUUUCUUUUGUAAUUGGAUUGGAUUUGAGAAAGACUUAAAAUAGAUGAUGAUGAACCUAUUAAAUUA